CCAGGUCAGAGCAAACACUACAGUACAUAAACCCAUACAGAGCUGUGCUGUUUACAUGUCUCUCAGCUGGGUUAGACAUAUAUUUGUGUGUUUUCGGCAUGUGUGUCCGGACAUGUAGCGGAAUAUCUUCAGCAGAAUAACUCUUUUUUAGCUCACAAACAGGAGCCGUCUAGUUUGCUAACAUUAGCUAACGUUAGCUGCUCAUGUUAACUGUCUUGUGUGCAGCCUCGUCCUCCUUUGUCCACAGCUUUGAAUGACCCUUUUCUAAAUUAUAACAUGCUUUGUUACUGUGAAUCAACUCAUUUAGAGUGUCACUACAUUUCAUCUUAUCAGAGCUCCACAUGAUAAAACACGAACAGCAGCAAAGUUGAAGCAUUCAGCUGUUUGCUUAAGUCAUGAAAGAGCUUUUGAAGAGGAUACACAGCAUAUUUGUGAAGGUCGCCCUGCUUCCGAGCACAUUUGGCAGGACAGGCCCGCGGCCAGCUGCCUCAGAGGUGCUGACCUGCCACCUGCUGCAGCGUCAACUCCCGCCGUGGACUUCAUACUGUGUCCGCUACAGCUCCGUCCAUAAUGACCAGUUUGGACUGUCCAACUUUAACUGGAGGGUGCACGGAUCCAACUACCAAAUACUGAGAACAGGCUGCUUCCCUUUUAUAAAAUAUCACUGUACCAAAGCGCCUCCACAGAACCUGGACUUUGAGGACAAGUUUUUCACUAUGCUGAAAGUUAUUAAUCUGGGCAUCCCUUGUUUGGCCUAUGGCAUUGGCUGCUGGAUGGUGGUGGGAGCUGCAGAAACAGUGCAGACAAGCGUUGGACCCGUCACAGUCUUUUUCGCCUACAAAGAAGACGAAGGCGCACAGUACUAAACCAUGAAGAAAACACUAUCUUGAAUGUGUUGUCAGGAAACUUGUCUGCCAAGCUGCUGUAUUUCCAGCAGCUCCCGAGGUGAUGUUCUAGUGGACCUAUUGACUGAAGUGCCAUCUUGUGUCAUUAGUGCUCCUAUUGUCUGACUGCACAGGUUCAUUUGUGUUUAAUUAUUUAAGAUUUAAAAGUUGCAACGGAGGAGUCAGUUAUGCAUGUUAUUACACUGACACUCAAUACUGAGGGUGUUUAUUCGGAAAGGUGACUUUCCAUUAAACUUUAAUGGAAAGUUUAGGAUUUCUCGAAGAAUAGACUAUUUGACACUGCACCUUUUCCCGGAUAUCUUCACCACAGUGUCUGUGAACGUUGCAUCAGCCUCCAGUGCAUAUUUCUUCCAAG